UAUGCGAGAUAACGUUGUGUAGGCAACACCAUUUCCGGUUUAUAAAUUCAUCAUAUUAAAAAUGGAAAUUAUUAAUAUUCUAAUAGUGAUAUCAGUGUCAAUCAAUUAUGGAGUUAACUGUUAUAUAGUAGAAAGAUUCGAUGAAAAUAAUUGUGCUGGAGUACUGGCUCCAGAGGUGAGGCGCGAAAUCGAUAACUAUCAGCCGAUAGUUAACAAAAUAGUUAACAAGGCUAUAAAUGGCAGCUUCAAAGGGAAAACUUGGAUGGAAUUAUCUAAUUUUGUUGAUGACUUCGGGUCGAGGUUUACGGGGACAGAUAAUUUGGAGAAUGCCAUUGAUAAAAUAAUGGAAAGAUCUCGAGAACUUGGGCUUGAAAAUGUUCAUGGAGAUUCUGCUCCAGUUCCACGAUGGAUAAGAGGGAAUGAGUCAGCAACAUUGAUAUCACCUCGUAAAAAAAAUCUUAAAAUGCUGGGACUGGGAUACAGUAUUGGGACAGCAUCUCAAGGAAUAACAGCAGACGCAAUAGUUGUGGAAAGUUUCCAAGAGCUAAAAACUCGUGCUUCAGAAGUGCCAGGGAAGAUAGUAGUAUACAAUCAAAAGUUUAUUUCCUAUGGGAAGUCGGUGAUAUAUCGAGGCCGGGGAGCCGUUGAGGCAGCAAAGUUGGGAGCAGUGGCCACGUUGAUACGCUCCGUGACACCUUUUUCAAUCUACUCACCUCACACUGGUAUGAUGUCUUACGAAGACGGCGUCAGGAAGAUUCCAGCGGCUUGUAUAACUGUCGAAGAUGCAAAUUUACUUGCCCGAUUCGCUAAAAGAGGAAAGAACUUGAGAAUAAACGUAAACAUGCAGGCUCAGCGACUGCCGGAUGUUAAAUCGCGAAAUGUUAUUUCCGAAAUUACCGGCAGCAGUAAACCUGAAAAAGCUGUCAUAGUUUCCGGCCAUAUCGAUAGUUGGGACGUUGGCCAGGGCGCUAUGGACGAUGGAGGCGGCGCUUUUUCAUCCUGGGCUUCAGUGGUCUUGCUUAAAAGUCUUAAUUUGCGCGCCAAGAGAACAAUUCGAUCUAUAAUGUGGACUGCGGAGGAAAUGGGAAUUAUUGGAGCUAAUUAUUACAUAAAAAAAUAUGAAAGUGACGAGAAAAACCUUCAGAUGGUCAUGGAGUCAGACAUCGGGACCUUCUUGCCUCUUGGAUGGGAAGCCACUGGCUCGCCGGAAGUCAUUUGUAUUCUCAAUCAAAUUACCAAAAUGAUGUCAUGGAUGACGCCCCUAGAAGUUAAAACGCCGCACAGUGGCCCGGAUAUUGAGACCUGGGUCAAUCAUGGUGUGCCUGGAGCUUCUUUAUGGAAUAAAAACGAGCGAUACUUCUGGUUCCAUCACAGUGAAGGUGACACUAUAGAUGUUGAAGCUCCAGAUAAUUUAGAUAUGGCCACUGCACUUUUUGCAGCGACCUCAUACAUUAUUGCUGAUAUUAAUUUAGAUCUGCCUCGAAAUCCAUAAAAAAUUUGAUAAAUAAUAUUUGGUUAUAAAUAAAUUUUUUAAUAUUA